AUGAAAAUAAUUGUCGAUGACACAAACACUGGUACAGAACCAGAAGUACUGGUCCCCCUCUCGAUUUACGGGGACGUAAAGCAGGUCACGCUGAUAGGCGAUAUAAACCAGGCCGGUCCCACUGUUGUGAACGACGUGGCUAGACAAUUGGGACUGGGGCGGUCCAUAAUGAGAUCUUACCUGUCAACGGCUGUGUACCUAAACAUACAGUACAGAGUGCAUGAAGGUAUCGUAGACUUCCCGUCCCGCUUCUGUUACGACAAUCGCCUCCUGUGUGGGUCAAUCGCCCAGCGUCAACCGUCCGUGCUAAACUGGCCAGGGGGUCGUAAUAAGCCUGUGGCAUUCUGUCAACUAGAUGGACAGGAGCAAAACCUACCACUGAAUGUUGUCGGUGCCCCUGAAGAACAGAAAUGUGUUAAUUUGGAACAGGCAGACUUUGUGGUCCAGGUGGCAGUUUCCCUGGUGAGGACGUACAAUGUUGCCAUGACUAGCGUUGGUAUUGUUUGUCCGAGCCGCGCUCAGUGUAAGGUGGUGGAAGAUAAGUUAGCAGUGACCGGGUGUAACAUACCAUGCUUUACCCUGCAUGAAAUACAAGGUCUGGAGUUUGACUAUGUGCUGUUUAGUACCAUACACAGCCUGCCUGCUAUGAACAUAGAGCAGUUCCCAACACAGAAAUGGCUGAAUGAGAAGCUAGGGGUCCUUACUGACCAUGGACAGGUCAUUUCGACAUUGUCCAGGGCUAGGAAAGGGCUUGUCAUUGUUGGCAACGAGAAUCUGCUAAGAUGUGACAAGUUGUGGAAUCGACUCCUGACAGAAUACAGUCAUAGUAGCAGACUGGUUACCGCUGGUCAAUUUCUCAAGGCUAUGUCCAUGUAAUUAAGGGGCAUAACUGGAAUAUGAAAUAAGAACAAAAAUGGAGUUAUCUUCUCAUAUAGGACUGUAUAUACAUUUUGGCAUGUUUCCGGAAAUUAUGAUCGUUAUGGUGUAUACGUUUGAGGCUAUAUAAUAUAUAUUGCUAUUUAAAGUUUGUCUGAUCUUAUUUGGUGAGGGAUUUAUUUCUGGAAAUAACAAUUGUAAUGGUGUUGACGUUUGAGGCUAUAUAAUAUAUAUUUCUAUGUUAUGUUUAUUUGUGCUUAUUUGGUGAGGGAUUUAUUAUAAAACAUAUGUAAUUUUAUUAUAUUUAUACCUUUGUGUAAAAUUUAAAUGUAACUUAGAUGUAAUGUUUUCUGAAUUCCAAACAAGAUGUAUAUUUGUAAUUUUAUAAUUAUUAACAUUGAUUAGAUAUGUGUACCGGUACUAAUUUGAUUUAGCUGCUCAUACAAACUGACUAGAUAUGUGUACCGGUACUAAUUUGAUUUAGCUGCUCAUACAAACUGACUAGAUAUGUGUACCGGUACUAAUUUGAUUUAGCUGCUCAUACAAACUGCAAUGAAUUAUUCAGGAUAUUUUUGUUCGUGUGCUAACAGUGACAUUAUAAUAACGAGUCUCACCCACAUGUAUCUAGACUGAUAAAAAUAAUACAUGAAUGUUUGGCUUUGUCAGUUACUCAAGUAAGACAAGUUAAUGAGCAUCGCCAUUCCAUUACGUCACUGUCAAAUAACAGUAUACUUGUUGCAUGUUCUAAUUUAAGCUGUACUAGUUGAUCCUUUCUUUCGCAUCAAUUUUAAAAAAAAGCGCCUUAAAAUCUUAUAGUUUUUUACAUACAUGUUUACAACAAGUGCUAAGCAUGUGAUUUGUGUUUUAUGUUGAAUAUUAAUGAUGACCUUUCAAAGUAAAUUAUAUUUUCCUUGACUAAUUUUUAUUGUUGUCAGAUCCUUAAUAUGUUUAUUUGAGAUCAGUUUCAAGCUGUUAUUUAUGUCUUAUUUAAUGAUCAAAUGGCUGAAAACCUACUGGUCCAAUGCCACCUAACAUAGGAUUAAUUUUGUAUUGCCUUGAAUUUUAGUUGUAUGUAUUUCAUAGAAAAUUUUAAUUUUAAUAUACUUCCACUGUUUAUUGUCAAUACAGAUCAGUAUUGUAUGAUAUGCAUCUUGAUUGGAAGUCAGUUUUUACAUUUGUAUGUACAUUAUAUUGUACAUAAUCGCUAUAUUUGAUUGCUAUUAUUGCCAUGGUAAAUACCUGCAUGAUUGAAAGAGUUGUUAGGAUCGAAGGUUACAUUAUAAUGUGUAUUUAAAGACUAUGAAUGGUUGGUGAUUAUGAAGUAGAAUAUGUCUGAUAUGAAAAUGGCCUCUUUAUUACAUGUAUAUUGAAAUAUGUUUUUGUGACUUAGUUAACAUUUGGUGUUGUUGCUUUUUAAUGAUUUGCAAAUAUUGAUAAUGAUGAAAUAAUUGAAUGUUGAUGAAAAUGAUGGAUGGGAAAUCUGUCAUUUAGUUUGUUGCCUAUUUUGAGGGGAUUAAAGCGAUAAGGCUGUAAGUGACAUUCAAUACAGAAGCAAAAAGAAGGUUUUCGCUAUAUCAUCCCUGUCUUUGUAUGCUUUUAUAUUAUUCAUGUAAAUAAUUAUGUUUAUUACUAUGUAACAACUUAUGAAGAAUAGUUGGGUUGGUGUUGACCCUGGGCUGUACUCACAAACUGCUGGUUGAAUGCAUUACUGUUGUAACUAUCCAUGUUAAAAGAAGUAGGAGUUACCUGUUAUGGCAUUGAACCGUUGGUGGAAUUAACUUUAAAUCUCACUUUAGUGUAUUUGAAUAGUAAGCUAGAAUUAUGAUUUUCACAUAUAGUCCGCCGGAAAAAGUCAUGAAUGGGAACUAAUAGUAUGCUUGUUAAUAGAGAAACAAAUGCAAGUCUGCAGUACUUAUGUGAUAACGUCGUCUUAAAACUAUCUUAAUUUGCUGCUUAAGACAUAUAUGAUUUGUGUUUGUGACAAACAUAUAAAUUUCGGCAUGGCGGACUGUAAUAUAUAAUUUGUGGGUUUGAUUUUUUUUGGUAUUAAAUGAAGGCUGGCAGUGAAAAGGUUUUAACUGACAUUAAAUAAAGACGCAUGUAAAUCUUUCUGCUUUCAACCUUCGUUAUGUAUAUACAAGUAUGUAUUUAUGACUAUGUACAUUUUGUAUAAGUGUUGAAUAAUUAGACUUAUUUCAUAACCAGUAAUCAAAAUGUAUCUUCUAAUCAGAAAUAAUAAAAAGGGUAUUUUCAUACUAAAUAUUGAUAGUAUCAUUAACAUUUAUUUCAACAAAUAUGUUGAUAUAAAUUUCAAAAUUAGCUUAAAAAACAUUGAAUGACGAAGAAUAAUUUAAAAUAUGGAUCAUUUUUUGUACAUUCAUUCCAUCAGUUUUAAGAUACAUGGUGUUAUUAUCAAACACCAUAAACAUCAUAAAAGUCCAUGAAAAUGGAUUAUUUGAUUAUAUUUCAUCGUCAUGCCAACGCCAGUAUGUAUUGUUUAUAUAUACUGAUUGUGGGUACAGCCUAGUAUACCUGUAUUGUUAUAUAUGUUAAAUUGAUACAUUAUAGCUUUAUAUUAAGUAUAUUUAGUAUGUUUGUAUAAAAUUGUGUUAUGUAAGGAUUUUAAUACAUACAGGUUCAUUUAAUUAGGAUGUAACCUGAAUAUGUAUUUAGGAUGUAACAGUUGUUAUCUGACAAUAUAUUCCGGAUAUUGCCUGAACAUGUGAAUUGGGUUCUACUGAUUAUAAAAUACAGCUUUUUGUAAUCAUGAUAACAAAUAACCUGUCAUUAUUAAAAUUAAAAAUAACAUCACAGCCAAAUAAAAUUUACAUGUUUGCUUAUUCUAGAUAAAUUAAAAUAUACAUAAACUUUGUAUAUAAUUUUUAUAUUAUUACAUGUCUUUUUCACCUUUAAUCCUACUCCCAGUUUUCACUCUUUAUGUGUUUUGUAUAAUUGGAAUAAACUUGAAAAUAAAUUUAUUGGUAUAAGAGUAACAUUUUAAUAGCUUAAUGUCAUUAUCUUUCAUAAAAUGUUAUUCUUUUCAUUUUUUUUUUAAUAUUGUACAUUUACUUGCUAACUUGAUUAAUGGCCAUGAUGAAUAUACAUGUUAUAUUCCCUGGUAUCGAUGAUUAAAUGUUUACUUCUUAAAGACUAAACAGUCCAAAGACACAUAUUAAAUGUAACUCAUUAUGUUAAUUAAUUACUGAGAAUAAUUUUCACUAGUUUGACAAUAAUGUUAUUUAAAUCCAUUUAUAUUUUUUUCGAGUAGUUUGCUGUUUAAAUAUUGUCGUCUGUAAUUUAAAUCCUAAUCUUUAUGGUAAUGAUUACCAAAGUCUGCCCUGGAGUGUGGCAUAAUGAUUGUGGCUAAAAUGGCAAAUUUCAUAAUAUCAGAAUGUUCUGUAAAUUUGUUCUGUUAAAUUUAAUUUUUGUACUUCAAUACAGGUCUUGGCUCAUUUAUAUCAGGAAAAUCUCACCUUAAGACAACUUUAAAAAAAUCAUUUUUAAUCAUUAUAAGGGAUGACCUUUAUUUUAAUCUUAACCUUAUGUUUUGACCAUACUGGUAGUCUAAAAACUCUUAACUUUGUUACAAAGAGUAUCUUUAAUUUGUUUAACAUGAUUAAUAUAUGCAAGAUGUUUAGAUAAAUCUUUGAAACGAUGACUUAAAUAUUCUUGGAAUACACGAUCACUUUGCCCAUUCUUAAUCAUUAAGAAUUUACUUCAUGUCAUCUGACUCUUACUUCUUACAUUGCAUAUUUAUCUCUGCUAAACCAAUACCAACAUCUGUUUGGUAUGAAAUAUAGUUUAAUUUUCAGAAAAUAUUGUAGUUCAUUUUUUAAAUGAAUCUUUUUUCUGCCAUAUACAUGUAGAUAAAGAUUUAUUUUUUUAAAUUUUAGAAAUAAUUAGAGGGAAGAAGAAAUGAUAAAAUCAGAGAACUAUCGUGUUGGUAUGUUUAUGACCUGCAUAUUUGUGACUUGCAUAAUUUGAUAUCAUUUAUGUUCAGAAAUAAAAUGUUUAUUUUGUAUCCAAAUGAUUCAAGGAUGACAAUGAUUCCUAAAAUGUAUAUCAUUGUGAGAAUAUGAAUUAAUUACUUGAAUUAACAGAUGCAAUUUUGCUGUAUUUCAAGGAUAUGUCUCAUAUCUUAACAACAAACUAUUUAUCAAUUAACGACAGGUGCAAUUGAGUAUAGUAUUGAAAAAAAUGUCAUUUAGAAAUUAAUCGUAAUUAUUGUGAAAAUCUGAAAUAAUUAAUUGAAUUAAUCAGAUGCUAUUUUGCUUGUAUUUCAAACAAACAUGUAUAUCUCAAAUCAUUAUAGCAUACUUUUUAUUAUUAAAAAAACUGUUAUUGAAUGUAGUAUUUUAAUCCUAUUUUCACCUACUCUUGAUUGCUUGUUGUGUGUGUCAGUGCUAUUCACUGUUGUAGUUAAAUAAAAUGUGUAUGCGUGAAUAAAUCUGUUCUCUUCUA